ACCAUUUUAAGAAGGCGGGUCUAUUGAUCCGCAUGUGAACCAAUUAAAUAAUCGCAAACAUUACCGCUUUAGUUUAGCUAGCGACAUUUUUUGAAUGUUUAUAUGUAUUGGUAGCAGAUUAUAAAUAAAAAUGAGCGACGAAGCUGUAUUUGAAACAAUUGAAGAGGUCAAUAAGCAUAUCUCACACGUGGAAGAGUCAACCUGUGUGAAAUAUAUUUCUUACCGUGUAGACAAGCGAUUCAAUGACCAAGGUUGGAAACCACAGGACCACAAGAACCGGUUAUACUGGGAAUGGAAGUACGGCAAGGGUACUCCCUGUAUCCCCUUUGACAGAGUACCCUUCAUGUUCAUCGGACACAAGCUAAUGGGAUGCCACAGGGGCCGGGCAAAGUGUGGAUUCAAGAAGAGGCAGGAACUUGAGGAUCAAAGGGAAAAAGAUGGCAAGGAAAAAAGAAACCUGUUGCUGAAAACCAAGAAAGUAGCAUGCCCUGCUGUGUUCACAAUCAGCCACAUUGUGAAGUUCCCUGGAUUCAAGUUGGAGAAGGACACAUCAUGGUUGAGGGUCAUGUCUAUUUCCAUCAAACAAGCUCUCCAGACAGACCCAGCCUCAGUGCAGUGGAAGAUACAGUAUUUCCUCAAAAUACCCAGUGUCACUGACCACAAGGGCCAUCCUAUUGGAAAGAUCAGAUGGACGACAGGGUCAAAGGUUACAUCCGAGCGUUGGUGCAGCAGGGGGUGAGGAAGGUGAAGGAGGUAAAGAACCAGAUGGUCCAGUACGUGCGGACGGGGCUGUUCCAAGACACGACCCCGCCGC